AUGGCAAUCAAAUUUCUUGUUGUUGUUCUUGUCUGUGUGUUCGUUUCAGGAGAAGCAGAAGUGAGAUGCAUAGAGAGGGAGAGAGAAGCUCUUCUAAGCUUCAAGAAUGGCCUCAUCGAUGACUAUGGCUUUCUCUCCUCGUGGGAAAGCGACGAAUGUUGCAAAUGGCAUGGUGUUGAAUGCAGCAAUGCCACUGGCCAUGUGAUCAACCUCCAACUCAAUAAUGAGUAUCAUUAUGGUGGAUUUCAAGGUGAGGUUGGUUCUUCCUUGCUUGAGUUGUAUCAUUUAAACUAUCUUGACCUCAGUUGGAACGAUUUUGGAGGCAAUCCAAUCCCAAAAUUCAUUGGUUCCAUGAAACAGUUACAACACUUGUAUCUUAGGGGUUGUAACUUUGGUGGGAUUGUUCCUCCUCAGAUAGGGAACCUUACCAAUCUGCAAUCACUUGCGCUCUCACAUAACUCUCUGAGGAUUGAGAAUCUCAAUUGGCUUUCAAGUCUCUCUUUGUUGUCUUAUCUUAGUUUGAGUCAAAUUGACUUGAGUCAAACUAACUGGCUGCAGCAUAUCCUGAGCCUUCACUCCCUCCAUGAAUUGCACUUAAACACCUGUAACUUGAAGGAUAGUAGCCCUUCACUUAAUUCUUCUUCUACGUCUCUUUCUAUCCUUGCUCUGUCUGAUAACCACCUCACUUUUUCCGCAUUGAAUUGGUUAUCUAACAUUAGCACAGUUCUAGUGGAAAUAAGCAUGUCCUCCAAUGCCAUAGGUGGCUCGAUUCCUAUUGCAUUACUUGACAAGAUCACUUUCAUUGAGCAUCUUGAUCUUUCCGAUAACAUGCUUGAAGGUCAAAUCCCAAAAUCUUUGUGUACUCUGAGUCGUUUGCGUGUCUUAGUCCUUUAUGAAAAUGACUUGAGCGGAAACCUUGAAAAUUUGUUCGGAAAUGCAUGUGCCAAAGGAAUAUUGGAAUCACUCCAAAUUCUGGAAUUGGCUCGUAAUAAACUCGAUGGAUCACUGCCGGACCUGAGAGCAUUUUCUGCACUGACAGAAGUGUACCUCGAGGGAAACAACUUCACAGGCUCCAUUCCUCCGAGUAUUGGCCAACUAUCUAAUCUUCAUGCUCUAGAUCUUUCUGGUAAUUUUCUGAAUGGGAUAGUCUCUGAGUCCCACUUCAAAAAGCUUGAUAUGUUGAAAAUGCUAGAUUUAUCCUUCAAUUCAUUGAUAUUGCAUUUUGCUCCUAAUUGGAUUCCAACUUUUCAGUUGGAAGUUAUAUUGUUAGCAGGAUGCAAUGUGGGCCCCUCUUUCCCAAAAUGGAUUCAAACUCAGAGAAAUUUCUCCGUUCUUGAUCUCUCUAUAGCUGGUAUAAUAGAUGAAGCGCCAACAUGGUUGUGGAGUAUUUCACCUUUGUUAGAGCACUUAUUUCUUUCCAGCAAUCAAAUUAGUGGCACUAUUCCCAACCUCUCAUCCACUUCCAUCACAUUUUUAGAUCUUAGUAACAAUAGUAUCGCAGGUCCUAUUCCAUUAUUUUAUGCCAAUGCUGAAACUAUUCUAUUGAGUGGAAAUAUGUUCUCUGGUUCAAUUUCAUCUAUUUGCAAAACUCGUCAUAAUCAGCUUGUUGUCCUUGACCUCUACAAUAAUCAGUUGCUAGGAGAGCUUCCCAACUGCUGGAAGAAAAUGCCAAACAUGGUAUUUCUCAAUGUGGCUAACAACAGGUUUUGGGGUGAAAUUCCUCGCUCUUUGGGGUCUUUACACGAGCUUGCUGCACUACAGUUGCGGGGUAAUAGGUUAUCAGGAGAGUUUCCUUCCACUUUGAGACGUUGCCAAAACUUGGAGUUAGUGGAUGUUGCGGAGAAUGAGUUAACAGGAGAUGUCCCUAUUUGGCUUGGCGAAGUAUACAACAUGAGAUAUCUAAAUCUUGCCGGAAAUAAAUUGCAUGGUGGUAUUCCUGUUGAAAUAUGCAAUCUUACUCGCAUUCGAAUUCUGGACUUGUCUAAAAACAACUUGUCUGGAAAAAUACCUGAUUGCUUCAACAGUUUUACUUCCAUGGCUAAAAAGGAUUCACCAUUUACGCAUCUGGGGCAUUAUUACUCUUUCUAUUACAAUGAUAAUCUUCCAAACGAGAAUGUUGUAAAGUACUUUGAGUAUUCAUCAAUUCAAUGGAAAGGUCAAGAAUCGGAAUACAGGAAACAUCUCAUACUUCUCAAACUCAUUGAUCUUUCAAGCAAUAGAUUGUCUGGAAACAUUCCCCAAUCAUUUUCCAAUAUGAAGGGAUUGAUUUCCUUGAACCUAUCAUCGAAUAGUUUCACGGGAAAUAUAAUUCCAGAUAUUGGUGAGAUGGAGAUGUUAGAAUGUCUUGAUCUAUCGGACAAUCAAUUGUCUGGAAAAAUACCCACAAGCUUGGCACAAUUACAGUACUUGGCUGUUCUUGAUUUGUCGAACAACAAUUUGUCUGGAGAAAUUCCAACGAGUACUCAACUUCAGAGCUUCAAUGCAUCUGCUUAUGCUGAGAAUGAUGGACUUUGUGGGCCCCCUCUCGCGUUGUGUAACGAAGAUGUCUUGAAGCCACCCACCACUAAUCCAGGGGGAAACGCGGAUGAGAAAGGCAUCAGCCUCUCAUUUAUGCAAGAAGUUGGCAUAUCAAUGGGCUUUGGUUUUAUAUUUGGAUUUUGGGGAGUUGUUGGUACUUUCGUACUGAAGAAAUCAUGGAGAAUUGCAUUCUUCAAAUUCUUGUGA